AUUUUUACUUAAAUCUCAUGAAGAUUUAGCAGCAAAUAAAACUUGAUAAAAAGAAGCAACUAAACUUUGUCACUACUUAACAACUAGUCAGAAAGUUACCUCCCAUAGAGAAUGAUUAUAUCAGGAGUCUUGACCUCUUUAUCGGCAUUGAUCUGCCUAACUGCACUGAUCGAAGGUGCAAUAGUAAACACCUACACAUCUGAUGAUGGAAGAUCAUAUUACUACACACCUCUAUAUUGUGAAAGUGGGAUUUUGUCCUCGGCUUACCUGACGAACCUACGUAGCAGCUACACGAAGCGUGACGACAAAGACUGUUGUUACCUGACUGAUUCCAGAAACAAUUGCUGCAUGGCUGCUGUUGGUACCUUGUUUGAAUGUCGCUGCAGCACCACAUUGACCUGCGGCGUGCCCACCACCACAACAACCACUACCACUACAACCACCACCCCCACCACCACAACCACCACACCAACAACGACAACGACCACACCAACCACUACGCCGACAACCACCACCACCACCAAGCCAACCACCACAACGACUGUUACCCCGGCCCCCAGAAUCUCAUUGUGCCAGCCACAGCUCCGUGUCCUCAACGGUGCCCACGUGACAGACAUCUGCCAGUACUCUGGCAUCGCCAACAUCACCGUCGCCAGCGGGGCUUUUGUCGUCUGCAACGCUGUCCUGGCACUAGCCAAUGUCAACGGAACCUACAAAGAAACUUUCAUCACGCCUUCGACCUGCAAGGACACCCUGGUCAACACAGGACAACUGUUUGACCUAGAAAUUGGUACCCAAAGAUACCCUAUCCCAUCUAGAAUAUUCACUAUCUUCAAUGGUGCCAACGAACUCGCCUACCUCGACGUCAACGACCGUUACAAAAACUUACUCACCAACAUCGGCGCCUGUCAGACACGCGCGUGUGUCUACAACAACAACACGAUGAGCGGGAAGGUCGACUUCGGCACGUGCAAGGUCGUCAGCUGGGGAAUUUCCAAUGCUACCACAAACAAACUUGACGGUCUAAACGAGGCCAACGUGGUCCUAAAUCCCACCGGAUGUUCCAACAUCGCCCCGCCCACAGCCACCGCCCUCACCAUGUGCUUCAAGACGAAAACCGGAAGUAACCUGUACUGUCGGGGUGACACCGGCGCCCCCGUUUACUGCAAAGCCCCCUCCAAUGGGGAGUGGAUCCUUGUGGGCGUCACACAGAUCGCUUCCGGUUGUGACUUGUCUCCAGAGUUCCGAGUUCUCUCCAUACCUGUGUAGCAGUGAGACAAACUACACAUGUGCUGUGUCCUGUGUAGAACAGAAGGUGCGUC